AUGCUGGUAGUCGCCGGACGAUCUACAAACAGAUACCAAGAUCUCACAGUCGAUACGAUACCUCCGAAUCAACGGCACAACGAGACUCUCGCCACGCGACCGAGCUCACAGAGCAAGAAACCUCACCGCUCUCCUAAAAAAGGCACGAAACAGGUCGCCCGCCUUCAAAGACGAUCUCGCGUGACGUCUAAUAGUACUACCCCGACCCGCCAUCAUCCUCGAGUAAACGCUGCGCCAACGCCCCAGCCUACAGGUCCUUCGUCUGUCUCCACUACCGUGCAUAUAACCAGCGUGACAGAUUUUGCACUCUUACUUCCCUCAAGAGACGGAGAGUAUAUAUCAGAUGCUGAAAGCGACGCGACGGCGUAUUGUACCAAUGGAUCUGGCUGCCAGAACACAUUUCCCGCAGGCUUCGUGACUGGUGCUACCAUCUCGGAGGCAAGCGAUGGGUCCUAUAUACAGAUCACCGGCUGCUUGGAUCCCGGCAAGUUCCAGUUUGCACAAGAUGACGCGGGAGGCCAGAUGGAUGUCCGAUUUCCCAACGGCGCGAAGUGUACUUUUGGUGGAUACGGCGCAAGCUUCAUCGAGCAAGUCGAGCCUUCUGCUAAUCGUUUUUGCCUUCGCUGUUGUGCGUCCGCAAAUGACCAGGCCAAUUGCAAUUCACAUAACGACAAAGCUGGUUGUCCUGUUGCUGUUCCUGGUACAUAUGACUUUGAUGGAGUGAGCUGCUCGUAA